ACUAACUUGCCGUCAACGCCGAGAAAAGUUAUUAAUCAGCUGUAAACGUUAAAUCCCUUGCCACUCCUAAAGCAAAAAGCUUUGGCACUGAGGAGCGCGUCAAAAAUUUCGGAAAUAAACCGAAAUCGAAAAAUCCACGGAUAAGAAUGGGGUCCAUGCUUUCGCUGAAUAAUAAUCUAUUCAGUCAAAACUUGAUCAAUAGGCCUUCUCGCGGAGUUCCGCAAAUAUUCUCAGGAACUACUGAAGAUCCUCACAAAUCGAUAGACCCAAAAAUGGCGACUGUGAGAGUAUUCAAUUCAAAGAUGCGAUCUACUAGGUUAGAAGAGAUCGCAAAAACCUCAGAAGCAUCUACCCACCAUUCGACCAGAGCUUUAUUUAUGACCACCUGGAUAGCCCAGCAUCCACAUCGUGCCGCCGAAGUAAAAAAUCAUAAUCGAUAACAUCCAUUUACCAGAAAGGCCUGCAGCCAUUAAACGACCAGCAAGUUAGUUGCUUUUUUUACCGAACACGGUAUUUCCCAGGUUUGGUAUAAGAAAUACGGCCCAUUUUGAAAAGAAUCUAAUUCUAGUGGAGGUGGAACGUUUAUUAAACGCAUACCUCUAGCUUGACUUUUUCAGAGGGGUUUUAGGAAAAACCUCAUUCAUCCCAAAAAUAACUUCAAAUCUCGAAUUGUUUUCUGGAGGCUGCUGGCUCGAGUUACGUGCUCAGAAUUGCUUAGCUUAUUAUAUUUAUCUGCUGCAUGUGCUUAAUUACUUUAUAAAAUGAACUAAUUGUUAUUUUCAAGCUAGUUUUCCAUCGGUAUAACCGUACGCAUAAGGUCGGUCCGAAAAAUAAAAGCUUGUUUUUAAAAAGUCGGUUUUGUGGUGCCACGACGUAAUUCUCGCAAGCAUUUUCCUUAACCCAUUUAUGGCCGGUGAUGCGUAUAGGCAACACCGCACUUAUUAUUUUUUCAUGAAAAAUGGACGGUUUUUUAGCGUGAACUAUGGGCUAAUACCAUUGAACCAAUGUUGAACAAGGUUGAUAAAAUCAUAUUUAAUGGAAAUUUUUCAUUUGCCUUUUUUUUGGGAAAUGUUGAAAAAGCUCGAAUGGCUACAAAAUUUUAUAAAAUCAAAAACUCAUUUUCAAGUUUUUAUAUUCAAGGUUUUAUUAUUUUUAUUUCACCAACUACAUUCCCAGUAACACUAUCAAAUUGAAAACUGAGGUCUAAUUGGACCUGUUUUUUCCUGAGUAGGCCCUGAAUUAGGCUGUUGCGUUUACGCAUCGCCGGCCGAAUAAGUGAAAUCCCGUGUCGCAAGCCUGUCAGGACAAGUUUUCCGUUUUCUCGAGCAGAUAACUUAAUUGACAAGAUGCAGUUUUUAGUCUGAGUUUGCAUCUAAUCGAGUGCGUGUUACCCAAAGUCUUUAUAUUUUUUUGUUGUUUAUUGUGAAAAAUGAGAAAAUUUCUCACGCAAAAGGAGUUAGAGUUGGCCUUGGAGGAGGAGCUAGACGAGCUAGACGAGCUUCACGAUGAAAAUGGUAAGCACUCUUGACUCUUUUUUUUUGUUAUACAUUAUUCAACAUUAUUUUAUGAUAUCCAGAGCAAAUUGACGCUGUCUACAUUCCACCGGAGGUAGAUCAACUCACUGACGAAGAGGAUCUUUCAGAGGACCC